CUCAGCUGGAAGUGACGCGGCGAGCUACCGAGGUAAACAAGGGCUACCGACCUCUGCCGAAUUAGUCUAUAUGGAGAUCCAGCGUAGGAGAUGCGAGCGGCGUUGCGCCUGGCAGUAGUGGCAGUCCCCAUGGGUGUGCUGCUGUCCCGGACCAUGGCGUGGAUGUCCAGCGGCAAAACACAUCCAGAGCUCAUCAGCAGACUGAGAGAUCAUGGUGUGAUCCGGAGCGAUAGCGUGUUCAAUGCCAUGCUGGCUACUGACAGAGGACUCUACUCCAGAGACUAUCCCUAUGCAGACUCUCCUCAGUCCAUAGGCUACAGGGCAACCAUCAGUGCACCACAUAUGCAUGCUCAUGCUUUGGAGCUGCUAAGUGACAAACUAACCGAAGGGGCAUCUGCACUGGAUGUAGGAUCAGGAAGUGGAUAUCUCACUGCCUGCUUUGCACGAAUGACUGGCCCCACUGGUAGAGUGGUUGGCAUUGAACACAUCGACGAACUGGUUCAAAUGGCAAUCAAAAAUGUCCAAGCUGACGACCCGGAGCUGCUGUCCUCUGGACGCAUCAAACUUGUUGUGGGCGAUGGAAGACUUGGCUACCCAGACGGAGCCCCGUAUGAUGCCAUUCAUGUUGGUGCAGCUGCAGCCACUGUUCCCAAGGCUCUCCUGGAGCAACUGAAACCAGGUGGGCGGUUGGUUCUCCCAGUGGGCCCCGAUGGUGGAAGUCAGGUGCUGGAGCAGUAUGAUCGGCAGAGUGACGGGACCUUCCUCAAAAAAGCUUUGAUGGGAGUGGUUUAUGUCCCCUUGACUGAUAAGAGGCACCAGUGGCCUGGGAGGUGGCGUUGGUGCUGCGUCUCCGGGGCCCUGUAACACCUCUUAUGUUUCCUCUGAGCUUCUGUCUUAUGGACCACCUGCUCUGUUGGGUUGUCACCUAGCAACAUGCAAGGAGGAUCUUGCUCUGUUUGCCUGACCAGAUUGUCUUCCAAGAGGGAUAAAACAAUGAGUGACUGAAUAAGUCUCCACCAGUCUACUGAUUAGCCUGUUCCCAGAAUCCUGUGAUUCAGUUAGAGAGUGAUGCAAAUACAGUGGAUCACAAAAAAAAGCUGCACAGUGUUAUUUAUAGCAAAGCUCGUGAAGUUUAAUAAUGGCAUUCUUGCCAUUAUAGCAUGAAAAGCACCAGUAUGUGUUGUAAUCAAUGCUUGUGGUGAAUUCGGAUGGAUGGUAAAAUUGUGUAUAAUCUUGUGGGAAAUAUUUGGUCACAAAUUCAGAAACACACAAGUAUAAAUCUGGGAAUUUUAAUAAACAUUUAGCAAAUUAAAGUAAUAUAUUUUUUGUGUAAAGAAUGCUUCUUACUCUCGUCAUAUUAUAUUGUAUGUACAGAAUAUAUCACAUGUGACACUGUAACUAUAGAGCAGGGUGGGAAGGUGUGCCAAAAGAGAAUAAUUUGAUGCAUUUUUUUAAAAUUAUACAACUAAAGUAAUUGUGUACACAUUAGAUUUAAUAAUAAAACCCACUAAUUGAA